AGAAUGAUUUCUAUCAUUGGUUGCAGUUUCUCUAUUACCGGGGCUUUUGUAACGAUCUUCAUAUAUCUGUAUUUCUGGAGAUAUAUAAAAUCCCGUCGAUCAUCAUUGGUUGUCCAUCUGUGCAUUGCACUUUGUGUUGCAUAUCUAAUGUUCCUGACAGCAGUAGAACACACUGAAAAUAAGAUCGGUUGUGUUGUCAUUGCUGCGUUAUUGCAUUACUUCUUCUUGGCUAUGUUCUGUAUUAUGUUGUGUCUCGGUAUUGACCUAGCAGUAGCCAUUCUCGAUGUAUUCAAUUCGAGGUCAAGUUCUGCAGUCUUUUACCUUGUUGGAUGGGGAGUACCAGCAAUCAUAGUUGGUAUUACACUCGGUGGGUCACAGCUAGAAGGUUAUGGAGACAGUAGAUAUUGUUGGUUGAGGAAUGCAUCACUUUAUGGAUUCAUCGUUCCAGUCCUUUGUAUAAUUUCGGUAAAUCUUAUCAUCGUCAUCAUCGUUAUGAGAAUGAUGUUCACAUCAGCAUUUAUGGAGAAGAAAACGUUGAAAGAAAAGACAAUAAGUGGUGUAAGAGGAAUGUGUGCAUUGCUACCAAUCCUGGGAUUGACAUGGGUGUUUGGAAUUCUCUCAUUCAGUGAAGAUCUUAUAUUCUUCCAGUACCUUUUUGCUAUCUUUAACUCUUUACAGGGUCUUUUCAUAUUCCUUUUCCAUGUUGUGUUGAAUAAUCAGGUGCGCCAAGCAGUUGCCAAGAAAAUUAAACAACACGAAUCAAAAACAUCUUUCAAUAAAUCUUCGAAAAGCAAAUUCGUAUCAAAUUCAAGUUCAGAAGAUGUGCUUAACAGUAUGAGUGAAGAGUCAACUGUUUCAUAUAAAUACAACAUUCCAAGAUUAAGCUUAAAGAUUCCAGAUAACAAAACACAACUUUAGCAAAGAGAAGAAUAUGAGUGAAUACAAAAAUGCCUUCUCAUUUUUUUACUUGUUUCUAUGUAAAUGAAUUGGUAAUAUGAUUAACAAUAGAUAAAAGUAUUUGUCCUGCAUAAUAAGAAAAAUAUACACUGUAACUACGAAAUCUUGGUAAAAAAUGAUA